CGAGAGAUGGCGAUAAGGCAACAAGUGGCAAGCAGCGCCAGUCGGCUGCCAGAAGAAGAAUGGUCUGCAGCCGCUGAGGAGAAACUACUUCGCUCCGGACCUUUCGCCACAUUACUCUCUCCUCCACCACCAUGCAGUCCGCAGAAUGUGGAGACCUGGGCCGAGCGCUGUGCAUCAUCACCGGGGCCUCCAGAGGCUUUGGCCGGACGACAGCGAGGGAGAUGUCCCGGCUGGUGAAGCCGGGCUCCGCGUUCGUCCUGGUGGCCCGCUCCGGUGACGACCUGCGGGCUCUGCAGGCGGAGCUGGCCGAGUCGGAGGCUGGCAGAGCGGGCGUGGUGGUUCAGUGUGUGGUGGCGGAUCUAGGGCUGAUGGAAGGAGUGGAAAGCGUCGUCAAAGCAGCUAAAGAGGCUUUUUCUGAGGAUAUAGAUCACAUUAUACUGGUCAACAACGCCGCCUCUUUGGGUGAUGUGUCGCGCUAUGCCAGGAGCUUCACCAACAUGGCCGAGGUGGACUCCUACCUGUCUCUUAAUGUCAGCUCCUCGCUGUGCCUCACCGCCAACACGCUGCAGGCUUUUCCACAGCGUCCAGGUCUGCGGCGCAGUGUGGUGAACAUCAGCUCGCUGUGUGCCCUGCAACCUUUUAGCUCUUGGGUGCUGUACUGCACUGGCAAGGCUGCCCGAGAUAUGAUGUUCAAGGUGCUGGCAGAAGAGGAGCCGGACCUCCGGGUGCUCAACUACGCUCCAGGACCUCUGGACACAGACAUGCAUAUGGUGGCCAGAUCCAGAACAGCCGAUCCCAGCAUCAAGAAGUCCCUCUCAGACAUGUUCUCUCAAGGCCAAGUGCUAACCUGUGAGGCGUCCUGUGCCAAGCUGAUGAAGCUGCUGCUGGAAGACAACUACACAUCAGGAGCUCACAUCGACGUCUAUGACGUGUAGACACAGCAUGAGUACCUCUAACCGUUUAUCUUAGGGCCAGAUGAUUUAUAUGUGUGCCUUGAUUUUAAUUGAUAAUCUAUUCAAUUAUACUUAACACAAGAGUUAAUAGCUGACUCAAAAUGCACUGUCACAAGUGGUGGCCUUGUUGAACUGACCGAUAUGACAGCGUGAAGUAUUGAACCCAUGUUCAUCAAAUUAACAUUCAAAACAUUCCAUCAUCCAUCACAUCUAAUGACAACACAUAACCAACAAAAGUCCCACUGACCAGGAACUACAGACAGACGUUCACAGACAGUCAGUAGCAGGGGUGUGCCACAUCAUAUCGUUAAUGAAUAAUACCAGUAUAAAUCUUAAUGUGAUAAAGAUUGGUCAUAUCACGAUACUUGCAGUAUUGUGAUGUAUUUAAAUAUUUAUGUCAUGUCUGUCAAUUUCAGUUGUGUGGAGUUAGUUUUCUUACAUUUAUUAACCUUCAGAGAAAAAGAGCAGAGGCACCACAUGACACAACAUACUCCAUCAUAUAAUGAUAACCACAUAGAUGCGUCAGGAUCUGAUUUGGCUCAGGUGACAAUGAUUGAUCAAUCAUAACAUUGUAUGAUCAAUCACAGUGUGGUAAUCAACCAGAGCAGCAUGUCGUAAGAAAAUAAAACAGACUUUUUGUCAGACUUUGGAUAGAAUGCAUCACUUGGUGUGAUGAUGUCUUCUUUCAUCCCAUCACCCUGCAAUCACAAGACACUUUGGUUGAAGCAUUGUCAAGCACCUGCGUAAAUGUAAAAAGCCAAUUAGAAACCUGAUUAUGAGUAUAUAUGGCCAAGAAAUCAGUGUUCUCCAGAAGAAAUCUAACUGGGGAAAUCAGGAUUCUCCUGUCCCUCACCCCAAUUACAGAAACCAGGUUUACUGUAAACAUGACAAGAAAUAGGCUUACUUGAGAAAGCUGACUGUAACCUCGUUACUUGGUCUAGAGUGUAGAUUUUGAUACAACCAUUUAGUUGUUAAAGGGGGGUUUUGACAAGAAACUUUGAAAAAGACUGUGGGUAAGAUGAGGGCUGGUCUGAGCAUUGCCAAGACCACAGAGUUGCUGGGUUUUCUGAAGAUAUCAAUCUUCAAAAGUGAAAAAGGAAUGGAACAAUUUUGAAAAUAUUUACUGUGUAGGAGGAAGUCAUUUGUAGAAUUGGUGGUGUACUUCAGGGUGUAACAAGUAAUCACCAGCUCACAGUCACAAGGCAGUUGUGGGAUACAAACACCAGUUUUAGAACAUAUGACAUUGUCUCAUUCACAAAUGUUUUCUUAUUGUUUCACUUACAUUUGUUCAUAAAAAUUGAAAAACAGAAAACCUCUCCAACUUCAUGAAACAUGCACAUACCACUGAUUGGUUCUUCACCAUCUUUGUAAGUCAGGAGUAUGACAUGAUGCAACAAAGGUCCUUGGCAAGAAUUGAACCGGGGAUGUUACGGUUGUAUGGUAUGUAUUGGUCACCAUGAUGCUCAAGUAAAGGCUUUUACAAGAUACCAAAACUGUAAACAAGGAAUUAUAGCUUGAGUUAAAAAAUCUAAAUGAAAAACCAAAAUUGUAAGAAACCACUAUCACAAGCACAAAACCAAAAUAAAAGAUCAGAAAUGAAAACUGUAAGCAUUAAGCCAAAACCACUUACAAAAAAACAAAAUAAACCCAAAAAAAAAAAAAACUUAAGUGAGACCAAAAUAGAGAACAUGUAUAGUUUUAGUUUCUCCACCACCUCCACCUUUCCAUUCACAUUUAUAAGAACCAGAUGAGUUGGUUGGGUGGGUUUAAGGUGACACUGUGUGUGUCAUUCUUUUGAUGAGGCCUAUAUGGUUCACAUUUCUAAACAGGACCAAAAUCCAAAAUUAUGGAACACCUAUAUUGCUCAGUCUAUCAUCAUUCAUGGUAGAUCUCAGGUAAGUCUUAACCAGCUUCAGUCUGGAAAAGCUGUGUUCACAAGCAGCAGUACUCACAGGUACGGCAAGGGCAAUUUUGCAUAAUCAAGGAUAGAGCAGAGCCACUUUGUUUUCUCCAUGAGGUUAUCCCAUCUUUCAAAGUAUUACCAUGAAGGGUUCUCGACCACACCUGCAAUGGUCCGUCAUAUACAAACGUUUGGGAACUGCUUGUUUAAAUAUUCUGGCCAAACUGUUGGUUUAUUUACAACCUGUUUGAUCGUCUGUCUGCUCAUGUUUCUUGCUCCAUCAGACUUCUUUUUAUCGAUGUUCCUGUGUUCUCAGACGUUAACCUGACGAGUACAAUGUUGUGAUAACCAACAGAAAUUAUAGGCAAAACUAUGAGAGCAAGAAUCACAUCAGCAUUUAAAAUGGUAAUCAAUUGAUUUUCUCAUGAGGUGAGAUGAAUCUGUGUGAAUCUUUCACAUCGACUCAAGUCAAGUCAACUUUGAGCAAAAUGUCUUGACUGCUGAGAAAACAGAUUGCCGGAGAAUGGAGGAAACUAUUGUAGCUUAUUAGCUGUGUUGCACCAUCCACUUAUAUCUGCCGGAGUAUAAACUGCUCCACAAAAGAGGAAUGCUUUGCAGACAGUUUUGAGACAGGAGUUGAUGAUACAAGUUUUUUGAGUAAACUGUAUGAACUUGUACUGUUAGCAACUGAGCUAAGACGUUUGGUAACUGACAGUUUUUAAGCUAGCUAGCUCACAGAGCUCUUCCACCUCUUUAAUAACUCUUAAUUGAAUGAAAUGAUGUACAACCCUAAAAAGAAAAUAAUAUUUUUAGCAUGUUCCCAGCUCGCUUGCACGUUAGCCUUGAACUAUCCUGCUACAGUAAUUCACCAAGUAGUUACUAUGAGAAGUCACUCUGCCACCAAGCCUCUAGCAACACCCAUUUCACAAAGACCUGAGGAUAAAUUUUGCUGUGCCACUGUGACCAGGCCUUAUAAGCCUGACCUGUGAAACUGGAUCUAUGUUAUCAAUGUUUGGGUGAUUUCAUGUAAAAUCUACCCUUUAUUUAAUGAAGUAUUUGUAUUGUCAGGAUGACUGUAUCCCUUAAAAUGUUUACCAUAUGUGUCAUCAGUUGAUGUUAUUGUAAUAUUAAUGUUCUUGUUCUGCUCCGACUGCAAUCUGUAUCCUACUCUAUAAUUUCUAAAUCUUGAGGUUGUACUUUUAAGGUGCCUUAAUGUGAUAUCUGUUAAAGUGUGUGAAAUGAGAUACUGUCUUUUCUGAAUAGUUAACUAGUAAACAGUAAAUGAUGUUGCUGUAAUGCUGAACAUUAUUUUAAUAUGCAUGAGAGAAAUGUGGACAUGUUCCACUUUUUGUUUUUCUAUACAAAAUAUUUUUCACAUUCCUCAAUGUAUGUGAUUUGUAUGUAAUUGUUAAUGAGAAGUUCUUAGAUUGUAACUGCUUACCUCAGCCUGUUAUCCCAAUCAGUUUAGUAAACUUGAUGCUGUAAAUUAGAGAAAUAAAUCAGUGAAAGCAAUA